GCAACUUGAUAAUAGAAAGAAAAAGAAAACGAUCGACCAAUCACCAGACUAGCUCAAGUUUUAAGCUAUAUCUUCUCUGAUCUUUCUUCCUCUUAUAUAUGGUCUCUUCUCCUUAGGAUCAUCAUCAUCAACAAACAAGUUGAAAGAUUCUGAUGACGGUGAGGCUUGCUGACGACAAGGAGGCCCUUCGUGGCCGCGGUUGCUACCGUGGCCACUGGAAGCCGUCGGAGGACGAGAAGCUGAGGCAGCUUGUGGCCAAGUUUGGCCCUCAAAACUGGAAUUUCAUUGCUCAGAAGCUGCAAGGCAGAUCAGGCAAAAGUUGUAGAUUGAGGUGGUUCAACCAGCUCGAUCCUCGGAUCGACAAGAGACCCUUCUCGGGGGAGGAAGAAGAGAGGCUCCUUAUCGCACACCGGCUUCACGGCAACAAGUGGUCUCUCAUUGCCCGCUACUUCCCCCACCGUACAGACAACGCGGUCAAGAACCACUGGCACGUCAUCAUGGCCCGGCGCCACAGAGAGCAAUCCAAGUUGGGCUCGCUUUCAGCUCAACGAGACAACUACUUCGAGUUACACUAUCUGGAUGUUUCUCCUCGAUAUUCUUCUACCACAACCUCCUUAUCGAGGAACCAUUCAGCCGCGACUAACGAUUCAGUCUCAUUGUGUGUGAGCCAUGAGGCCACAAGAUGCAGGCAAAUUGGAUUCAUUGAUUUCUUGGGGAUUGGCUGAACACAAUUAAUAAAAAUCAAUAUAUAUGAUCAUACAUGUUAAUCUA